CCUUAGGCUCUGGUCGGUUCCAGCUGCUGUAUUUUCCCAUAUAUAUAGUGGGGUUUGAUUCCUCAGGUACAGAAACUGACACGCCAAUCAAGAGGCUAAGCAAACUCCAUCGAUCCCGCAUUAUUGCCCGGUAGCUACUGUGUAGUAAUUAACAAUCAGGCCGGCCGGAUGGCGUCGGAGAAGAGCAGGAUCCUGGUGGUCGGCGGGACGGGGUACCUGGGCAGGCAUGUCGUGGCGGCGAGCGCGAGGCUCGGCCACCCCACCUUGGCGCUGGUCAGGGACACCGCCCCCUCCGACCCGGCCAAGGCGGCGCUGCUCAAGAGCUUCCAGGACACCGGCGUGACGCUCCUCAAGGGCGACCUGUACGACCAGGCUAGCCUGGCGAGCGCCGUCAAGGCUGCCGACGUGGUCAUCUCCACGCUCGGGAAGAUGCAGAUCGCCGACCAGGCAAGGCUCAUCGAUGCCAUCAAGGAGGCCGGCAACGUCAAGCGGUUCUUCCCGUCGGAGUUCGGCCUGGACGUGGACCGCACGGGCAUCGUGGAGCCGGGCAAGUCCGUCCUAAGCGGCAAGGUGGGCAUCCGCCGGGCCACCGAGGCCGCGGGCAUCCCCUACACCUACGCCGUGGCCGGCUACUUCGCGGGCUACGGGCUCCCCAACAUCGGGCAGCUCCUCGCCCCCGGCCCGCCCACGGACGAGGCAGUCGUCCUCGGCGACGGCGACACCAAGGUGGUGUUCGUCGACGAGGCGGACAUCGGGACCUACACGGUGCUGGCAGCCGGCGACCCGCGCGCCGAGAACAAGACGCUGUACAUCAAGCCGCCGUCCAACACGCUGUCGCACAACCAGCUGCUCUCGCUGUGGGAGAGGAAGACCGGCAAGACGUUCCGGCGGGAGUACGUGCCCGAGGAAGCCGUGCUCAAGCAGAUCCAAGAGUCGCCGAUCCCGCUGAGCAUCAUCCUGGCGAUCGGGCACGCGGGGUACGUGCGUGGGGAGCAGGCCGGCUUCGAGAUCGACCCGGCCAUGGGGGUGGACGCCAGCGAGCUGUACCCGGACGUCAAGUACACCACCGUCGAUGAGUACCUCAACCGCUUCGUCUGAUUGUCUCAACAGGCCGGACGUCGCCCGUGGCCCGCAAUGUUUGGUGUGGACGGCAUAACUAAUUGUGUGAUUCCUUAGCUAGCUACUGCUAGUCGCUAGCGACGACGUGACUACCUAAGCAUCAUUUGUCCCGCCAUGAGUGAUAGACGUGUCUGAUGGAUCUAGCGUGCCUACUUGUUUUGUACUGGUCUCAUCUUUUCAAUUAUACGCUAAUAAUAACCAGGGGCCAGUUGGUGAGGCUCCGGGUGCUGCGGCUCCGGCUCUAGGAGUAUGUGGAUCACUAUUGGAUAGCGGAAGUCCUA